CCGGUUGAAGGAUGACAUCGGGUCAGGUCAAUCAUAGGGUUGAGAAGGAGCUGCCCGUUUCAAUCUUUCAGAAGCAUUUCAAAUUCACUGAAACAAUGGAACCCCCGCCACUGAAGCUCGUAAUGCUCCGAGGCCCUCGCGAGGGCGAAACCUUAGAAUUCCGACCCUGUGCCACCGUCCGAAUCGGCCGUCUCGUCCGGGGCAACACCGUCCCCAUCAAGGAGGUCGGCAUUUCCUCCAAGCACCUCUCCAUUGAGUCAUCCUCUUCUGGGUCAGGCAAAUGGAUCCUUCGCGAUCUUCACUCCUCCAACGGCACCCUCCUCAACGCCACCAAGAUCCUCCCAGACUCUCCCUAUGAUCUCCGCGAUGCCGACUCCAUCAAGAUCGGCGAGUACACCUCCAUCUUAGUCAAGAUUGACGGCCACAAUGAGAGCCAACUGAGACGGAACCCCAGGCGCCGGGCCGCCGAGAAAGACAAGGCGGAACCGGUGGCAGAGAAUCAGGGCCCGAGGGUAAAGGCUUCUAUAGAGAGCGAAGCUAAAUGUGAUGAGAAAGGUGAGGACUUGGAGACUGGGAAUAGAAGGAAGGGUCGGCCGAGGAAAGCUAGGGUUAUGAAGAGCGAAGACGUUGCUCAGGAACUUCGUUAUCAGGAGCCUGAGAAUGUGGGGCCCGUGGAAGAGAAACCGUUACGGCAAACAAGUACAAGGCGCACACGGAGUGCAAAGAUCAAGGAAUCUGGGCCUUUAGAACCGGUUCUCGAGAAGAUCCCAGAGAAUUUGAGUGGAGAAGUUGAGGUUAAGGGUAAGAAGAACCGAGUCGGGGCGAGAAGAAGGAAGAAUUUAUGCGAAGAGUCAUUGAAUUUCGUUCGAGUUGAUGCUUCGGAGAAUAAGGGAAACGUGGAAGAGACAAAUUUCGAAGAAAACAUUAUAACCGAUGUUGACAAAGGCGCUCCGAGUGGAGUUGAUGCUUCAGAGAAUAAGGAGAAUGUGGAGGAAACGAAUUCCGAAGAAAAUGAUAGACUGGAUGUCGAUAAAGGCGCGGGGACCGGAGUUGAUGAUAAGGUGGAACGGGGGGCUAGUUCUGGUGUCAAAGAGGAGGAGGGGCUGGAUUUGGAGAAGAUGACGCUUGGGGACUGGUUCGAUUAUUUGGAGGUGCAUUUGCCCAAACAGAUAAUUGAUGCGACCGAGGAGAUGAUUGACGGUAUGAGACAGAAAGCUAAGAAAGUUCGUGAGUAUAUGGUGGAGCAGAGGACUGAGAGGGGUAAAGUGCCAGUGCGAUAGACCACUCCUCAGUUUAUGUGGUAAAUUGAUAGUUCAAUCGGCUUCAUCUUUUAAAUGUAUGUUGCGCAAUAUCUGCAAAUAUGUUUAUUUGUCCUUGAGCUAUGCAUUUCGCAGUUAACAAUUUGGAUCAUAAAAUAUAUUUAGUUGGUAAUCUUCUCUUGGAGUCAAGGAGAGCGCAAACUCUACUGUGAAAGAUCAUUAGGAAUCUAGAAGUUCUUCCCAAUACAGGAAUAUAGGCACCUAGUUAAGACUGAAGUAGACAAUAUUUGGAGCCAUGGGGUGGCUGUGUAGGGUAGCAUGUGCUUUGUGAUUUGUCAUGCCUGCAACUGUGGUCGAUCUAUUGGCUAGCUGGACACUUCCGAGAGGAGUCCCACAAAUCAAGGCUGUGUGGAAAUCCCGAUCUGCAUUAUGUGGUGUAUAUGGCAAGAACGCAAUGAUUGGACUUUCGAAAACAUGGAGUGGUCACCAGAGAACUUAGAUCUUUAUUUUUCCAUAUUUUAUUUCUAUGGGCCAUAGCUUUAGAAUUUAAUGGCCUGAAUUUUCAUGACUUUCUAGCUUCCAUUACUU